UGAGGAGAAUCAAAGGUUCAGCCUCACGACUCAGGAGCUUUCGAGCACCUCUGCCAUCUUCUCGGUCCUCGGCCCUCGUCAGACCACCUCACUGUCAGCUUUUGUAGAAGUGUCCUUACUUCCUUCUCGUGGUCUUUUGUCCUGACUCCUGACUCCUUGGUUCGUUGUUGUUUGUGCUUUGGGCUUCCAGAAUCAAGCCAUUCUGUAGGCAAGAACGAGUGUCCCUUGCUCGAGCUGCAUCACCACUUUUGGCAGAUACUCGACUGUUCUGAGCUACUACUCGGACGUUGUGCCUACAAGUAUCUUCGGGCGACGGAGAGUAUCAAAAGUCCUGGAAGAUUGUUGAACACAGGAGGAAAGGUUGCUAUUAGUUGCAGAUAUCUGGUUAGAAGGUACCACUUGUUCGAUGCAUAACCCGGCUGCCCACAAUGGAAGGGCAGUAGCGGGAAGUAGAGGAAUGGUGUCAUCGCCAGCCUUCUCACUCGGCAACACUGAGUACAGCCACGUGGCUCUUAAACUUCCAAAACUUCGUCUACCAGAAGCACCGAGCAGCUCUUCGGUAUUGGGCAUCCAAGCGUCUCCCCGCACACCCCGCAGAAAAAUAGGCAGGCUGAAUGCCGGCGCUGCACUCACCUUUUUCACAGUUCCUGAACUGUCAAGUGCUGCCAGCUACGAUCCAAGGGGUUGUUCACCAAGCUCUUCCCCUUCAGCAUCCCCAAUUACAAGCCCUGUCCACCCAUGUUUAAAAGUGAGGGGCACCUUUUCUCUGGAAAGUCGUUCAUCUGUUUUCGCCUCUGGUUCUCACAAGUCCCUCAAUGGACAGAACCACCAGCGGACCAUUUCAGGGGUGCAUAGGAGUAAACCGCCUGCAAGAACAUGCGCAAGAGCGCAGUCAUCUGAAGGGGAGUCUGAAGGGAGGGCCACCAGGGAUGGGCUCACCACGAAGGAGAAGAGCCAGAUGGUCAAUGAGGAGCUCCUGCUGUUCUUCUUCCAGCUGGACCUGGGUACAAGGUUGCAGCGGGCAAUGAAUCAGGAGCAGUAUGAGGCUGCUGGCGAGCUGCGGGAGAAGAUUGUGGGGAUUGAGAAGGAGCUGGAGAAGCAGCGGCGCGCCAAGCGGGCCGGCACUGGUCCUCGGGAGGAAGUGACCGACACCACGGUUGCAGCGCUGAGGUUGCGCUCAGAACUUCAGAGGGCCGUAGAGGAGGAGAAUUAUGAGCAGGCGGCUGCAAUUCGGAAACAGCUGUCAAAAAUCGAGUUGGAUGCUCUUGCCGCUACCGCCCAGACAUUGACGAGCACAGAGGUCAAGUUUAACUUUCGGUUGGGGCAGAAAAUACGGCAUGCACAGUUGGGGUACCGAGGGGUAAUCUGUGGGAUGGACUGGCAGUGCUUUGAGUCGUCAGAGUGGAUGGAGAAGAACGGGGUGGACAACUUGCCGCGGGGACGCCAGCAGCCCUUUUACCAGGUGCUGGUGGACAUGCAGCAGAGCCCAAGCACGCUGGUGGCCUAUGUCGCCGAGGAAAAUGUCGAAGUUCCGGAGGAAGAGGAUGAGGAGCCAUUCCCUCAUCCUUACCUGUACCUUCUUUUCUAUGGGCAAGACGCGAACGGAGAUUUCAUUCCUACAAAGCAGCUUCGGGAGAAAUAUGAUGCACCCCGGCACGAGCUGCCUUAUGACCCUCCAGAGGAAGAUUCGACAACAAGCGAGUCAUGAGUUGCAAGAGAUUUUCGAAGGGUGGGGGUACAAAGCAUGUCUGCGGUCUGCCGGCCUCCAUGCAUAACAAUUGUGAGUUUCUAUCAUAGGACGGAACUAUGUAGAUUGCCUUGUUCUGCGGCAAGAGUUCCGUUGCACAAUCGAACAGUCAAAUGUGGUCUCGUCUUAAGCUUGAUCGAGCUCUCCUUUACAUAUU